AUGGCGUUGACCGGAGCUGGCUCUGGCACCGGUCUCGACCGUCAAAUCGUCAAGAUCCACAACAACCUCUCGCAUCCUUGCUUCCCCGCGCCCCCUCCCUACUAUCGAGGCCGAGAACCGUUGUCAACCACACAUAUCAUCAUGAUCUUUAGGCGAAGAAAGCCCCCAACGCCGGGGCCCUCGCGCACCUGGCCUGUUCAGACCUUCCUAGGUCGUCGUCGUCCCCUCCGGGGCUGGCUAUGGUGGGCUUUGUCCAGCAGGUCAGUCAUGGGCCGAGCAGAUGCGCGGACCACUCGGGAUCGGACGGCGAUGAUGAAUAGUGGAUCCAUACUACCCACAUCGUACGACUUCCCUGUGUACAGGGAUAUGUGA